CUUACAGACUACAUGAACAGAGAGUGAGAGACAAAUUUUGUGUUGGGAUUUUGCAUUUCUAGUACUGCCGUAUUAAUGAGUGUCUCUUGCCUUUAUUUUACGUGAGACAAUAAGGAGCACUUGUCUUUAUCAUCCUCUAAAAACAGCCAUUGACUUGAGGUGCUAAUAUACGGUGCUGCUUCUGCCUGGUCUUCACAAUGAUGUCACAUGUCAUUUCAUUCACUGUGUGUUCAGCGUGAGAAUUCCAGAACAUAGAGCUUCAAAAUGUCACUUUCUUCCCUUUCAUUGCCGGGAAAUGUAUGCAGAGUUGUAGCCCACCAAGCCAGGGAUCUUCUGUACAAGGGCAAGGAUGACUCCAACAACGCCUUUGUGACGUUCACUCUAAACAAGAAUAAAUUUGCUACCUCCGUCUUAGAGAAGACACAGAGACCCAUCUGGAAUGAAGAAUGUGAAUUUGUGAUAGCAGACCAGGGAGGGACUCUAGAACUCAUAGUCUGCCAUUCAGACUUUUUACGAGAACGCUUUUUAGGGAGAGUAGAGGUAUCUCUGAGUGGUGUAGCAGCUUCAUAUGGAAAGAGCAUCAAAAAAUGGUACAAGUUACAGCCCAAGAAAGGCAAGGAGGCCAAGAAGCUGGGGGACAGAGGUCAGCUGGAGGUCACAGUUCAGAUCAUUUACAGGGAAGAUGUGGCUCAGCUGCAGGCCAAAGCUCAAGAGAAGAAGCCAGCAUUGCUCAAUUUGCUGCCCUCACCUGCAUGGAGAAGAAAACAGUCUGGCUCGUCUCCGGAUGUUAGGAGAAAAGAUUCAAGAAAAGAUUCUGCGAAUGAUGAAUACUUCAAUGAUAUCAACCGAGAGCUACAGUUCAAUGACCCGGCCUUCUAUUCAGAUGACUCUCAAUCUGUCGCUUCUUCUAUGAGUGAUGACUUCCGUACCACGCACCAUCAUCGAUACUCGACACCCGACGUCGUCGACCAGGCAAGGGAUCUCCGAUCACAGCCCCCUACCCCGCCCAUUCAGAAGCCCCCUCCCUCUAACAGGUUUCGGCCAGGAGGGUUGACCGGCUCAGCAAGGGGCAAGGGGGGAAUCGGAAGAAAUGUUAAAACAGCAUUGGGUAACAUCUCAAAAGCAUUGAGCAAAGAGCAUCUCGACAAGAUAGGUAAAAGCACACCUGACCUACGCUACAUGUCCUCCUCUUUGCCUCCUACACCAAUCCACGAACAUGGGCAUCAUUAUGACCAUGGCAAUUCAGCUCCAGACGAAACAGAUGGGUUCCGCAACCCCGGUAUUCAUCUGGGCGUGUCUAGUUUAGGGGGUUCGCUGCUCGCCCCUCCGACGGCCCUCCACCGAGCCGUGUCUGAGGAGAGUCUGCUGAAGGAUAAGAAGGAGAGAGAGCAAGGAGAUAUCUCCAGUCUUGCCACACUGCCAAGAGGAAAGAAUGUCAGAAGAGAGAACCGACACAAGAAAGCAUCGAGUGCUUGUUUCACUGUGGAAGAGUUAAGUCAAGUCAACAAUGGUGGCACGACCCCUGACCUUCGGAAGAUGACUCAAGAGAGCAAGGAGAAACAUAGGAAGCACAGCUCGACUAGCAAGUACGAUACACUUUCAAAACAGCAACUCGUACAACUAGUACAGCAGCAGGAAUCUAUAUUAUCCGAUAACAUUCAACAGGUUAAAGAGCUCGAGGCUUACAUUGAGAAGCUUCUACUCCGCGUGAUGAUGGAAUCGCCUGAUCUUCUAGAUAUGAAUCGUCCUAUCAAGUUAUAGAACUCUCUUCAUCACAGUUUGUACGACUCAACGGUAAAGAGAUAGGAUCGAAGCUUAUUAUUGGAUAACGUUCAACAGAUUAAAGAGCUUGACGCAUACAUUGUAAAGCUACUACUCUGCAUCAUGGUUGGAAUUGUCCCAUCAUGUUAUAGCUCUUCACCAAGGUUUGUACAACUCAACAGUACAGAGGUGCCCUUGAAAAUUCAUGGCUAUGAUGUCAUAUAAGUCAUCUUACAUUCAGUCGUAAGAUCGAACUGUAUCUUCAGUAUUGCUAUAAUUCAUUGUAUCGUACCAUGCACUGUAUCUAUCUCUAAUGUAAAAUUAAUUGUUUACUGUUCAUUGUCAAGUUGCGCUUGAUUGAAGCAUUAAUUUGUUGGUAGAUACGAUUAAUCAUGAAUUUGAUGUUAAUACAGGUCCCUGAAUAGUAACUUCAUUUUAGAAAAGGGUGAUUUGAAUAUUCAUGACUUGUAUCGUGUUGGUUAGCACAUUUGUGUGUAAUCUGAUCAUGAAUUUUCAUGGUAAUACGUUGUUGUUUAGAGAGUAAUUGGAGGCGACCUGUGGCUACAACAACCAAUACGGCAGCAACGGAGCGCUAUCAAGCUGCCAAAAGGAGGAGAGCUGCCAGAAAUCUGCUGUCCUAAAUGUAUUGACAAACCUCAUGAUUGAAAUGUGUGUGGCUUCCGCAGUGCCAGCAGAAUCGCAAUGUGUAGCCAUGCAAGAAAACACUUGUAGGUUUCAUCUUGUCAGGGCAUCACGUUCUACAAAAGCUAUACAAUACGUUCAUAUUAGUAUGUGUAUGAAAAUGGCCAACAAACUGGAUUCUACUAUGUAUGAAGACAGCUCCAUAAUGCAUUAGGCAUCAGUGGUAGCACAGGUCUGACUUGUUUCGAACUGCUAAGGCACCAAUCAGACAGAAGUGCGUACAUGUAUCACAAUGUCUGAUGAAACUGCCCAGUAAAAUGAGCGAGUAAUGACUGCUUUUGUUACAUGAAGUUGUCAACACAAAAAAAAGUUGAAUACCUCGUACGUGAACCUGUGAAGAGAGCUACAGUCAAUAGUUUGCUGUUAAAAGAAGUCAUAGAGUUCAUCAUAAGUCAUUCUGACUUGCAGCAACAUCUGAGAUGAUUGAUGCAUCACUUUUGCUUCAAGGGAGAUGUGAGUUGGUCUAGCGGUACGUUCACUUGGUCAGCUCUCUGUCUUUACCUGCAAACUGGCUCAGGCAGACCCUGGUUCGAAACUGAGUCACAGUUUUUGGAUGGUGACAUUGAAGGUCGAUCCCCAGACGUAAAUAGUCAUAUCUGACUGAUAUAUGUCUGUCAAAACCCAAUUGCACACACAUACACACACAAGCUGCAUUUGAGUAGACGAUCAAAAUAAAUAGCUCAGGAUGUGGAAUACCUCAAGUUCAUUCUUAUAUCCAAGUGUGGUCGUACAAGAUCUGGUGAUCCAACGUUUCCUCCUGCAAUUUUUUUCAGAUCUUAUUUCUUAAAAUAUGGAGGUUUGAUUGUGAUUAGGUUUCAGAUGUCCGGGUUCAGGUUUACGGCCUAUGUGUUUUACCAAGUUCUAGUAUCUACAUGUACUUUUAAUGCAUUCAACAGUCACUUUAUUCUUUUGGUAAUGUACCAAGUACAAUAGAGACACGACCACAACAAAUUCCUGAAUUUUAUUUCUGUGUUAGAGAUUUGUUUCAUGUGGUUAGGAAUCUCCUGUUGAUGAUUUGGGGGAUAUCCUUGAGAUGGGGGAUAUCUUUGAGGUAGAUGACAUGUGAGUUCUGUAUCUUCUCAGUUAUUCAUUCAAAUACACGUAGUUGAGUUGCAAAGUACUAACUCCUGAACACCUCCCAAAGUUCUAUUGCUUUUUGAGAGAUUUGUUUUAUGGGGGAAGUACUGUCUUGUUCCUUUUUUUUGGGGGGGGGGGGAUACUUUUAAGUUAGAUGACAUAUAAGAUCUGUAUCUUUUUAUUUCUUCAUUCAAGUACACGUAGUUGAGUUACAAAGUACUAGCUUGUGGUACAAGCCAAUUGAACAGUAGAUAUUUCAAAUUCGUAUUCAUCAGAUUCAUAACAGAUGUAUCUUUACUUCUAAAACAGUACUAUUUUCUGCUGACAAACUAGUUUAAUUGCAUAGUUAACAUGUAGCUCACUCUUAUUUACUGGUUAUUUAUUAUGUUAUUCUUCAGUCAGUACAUGUAAUUUAAAUAUUAUGUGGCAAUGCUUCAAAUGAUUUAACUCUAAUAUUAAAGAGUUGAGGAUAAAAAGCUUGCAACAAACAGUCCAUCUUUCAGUAGAUUUAGAAAAUUCAAGAAUAUAUCGGUUUCAUUACACUUGAUCUUUCGCAAUAGAUGUUACUGGAAUAGAUUAUUACGGGAAAAAUCAGGAUGUUUUGGGUUUUUUUCCCAGUGAAAUUUACCUGACCAUAACUAAUAUAUCUUUUAAGAAAGCAACCUGAAUUUGGUAAGCUUUGGGUAGCUUUUUGUGACCCUGCGCCACAAAACCACAACAAAGUUUUCAGAAAAUACUAUUUAAAUAAGUAAAUCACACUGCUACAACAAAAUCAAAAGCAGAAAAAUAUCGGUCCGAUGAAUACUGCCAAAAUACCACUUUUGAAUUAAAAGGUUGCUCAGUUUGUUUCACAAUUGAAGCAUUUGGAAUGCAAUGUGCAUAAUUAUUAGUGAUGUUUGUUAAUUAACAGCUCUUCUUGACAUGUUAAACUCUCAUGAAAGUUUAGUUAGCAAUAAGCCUUGUCAAGACUGUACAUGCAUUUACCAGCUAUAUAUCCUAGUGAUGUAGUUCUACGUCUGUUAGAUCAUUAAAAUUAUGAUUUUCAACAAUUAUGCAUUUUGCAUUGCGGACGCGUCUUUUCCUGCCACUAAAUUUCACUAUUAACCCUUUGCUUACGGGAACCUGGUGGUCCUGUGUUAAGCCUAUGGGAACUAUACAAUUUAGUAGUCAACUGGUUAAAGCUACCCAAGUAUUGUUCAUGAAUGAGCCUUUUAGUAUCCUAUAUUCACAAGGUAUGCUCUUUAUUUAUUGCUUUUUCAAAUAAAUAUUUUCAUGUUGCUGACACUUAUUUCUCUUUUAUUUUCAUGAAAUGCCUCUAUGAGCUGUAAAAAACGUUACAUUAUAUAAUGUUAUAUAGGCUGUGUGUGCUUUUAGAUGCUAUUUUGUUUUAGAAACCAAUUGUUCCUAUCAACGAUGGGUACAACAAAGAAUCAUGCAUGUGGAUCUUUCUUUGUUGUUGAUAAAAACAUGUGCCUUAGAACAGAAGAAAGGAGAUUGUGUCUCUGCAUACUUGCAAGAUAAACCUAAAUACACCUAUUCUAGACAAAAAAUAUACAAAACACACGUGUUUAGUGUGGUUUGACUGUUAUAUCCCUGAUUUUAGGGAUGUACCAGAAAGUACUUGUGUUUCAAUUGUUACUACUCACGUUUGAUAGAAACAUUUAUACUAAGCAAAUAAUGUACUGAAUUGUGGAAGAAGUUCUGCUAAAAA